CUACACCCAAAGUGUCCUUGCACUUAUGCCGAGAUUUAACCACUCAAGGUCAAUGCUGAAGAGGCUACCGAUCGGAGUAUUUCGGGGAAUAAUAGCCUUAAGCACUGGUAUAAUAACUUACAAAUAUCAUUCACUUGUUGGUACAAUAGUUUACUGUGACGGUGUUAGUAUGCAACCUACUGUUAACGAUGGUGACUAUCUAGUUGUUGAAAGGCUCUCAAUCAUUUUGGGACGUAUUAGAAGAGGAGAUGUUGUGAUUGCUGGUCAACGCAGAAAGUAUGAUACUACGUAUGUUCUAAAGCGUAUCAAAGGUCUUGGCGAUGACCGAGUUACUUUCUGGGACAAGAGUAAUUUGGAAAUCAUCUCUAAGCAGGUACCUCGAGGUCAUGUUUGGUUAGAAGGUGACAAUGCAUUACAGUCAUUAGACUCAAGGUCUUAUGGCCCCGUCCCCAUUUCUCACUUAGAGUACAAAGUAUUUCUCCGUGUAUGGCCGUUAAGUCAUUUUGGACGCCUUCAAACACCAAAACCUGCUACUUGCACGACUGAUGAACCGUGCGACCCUGCAUUUGUACAACGUAGUUUAAAAUGAAGAGGAGAACAGAAAAAGGAUCAGGGUUUUUGAUAACCAUGUUCAUAGAGUUUUUUAUAUUUUAUUUGACUCUUAAUUACUGACCACCGCUUUUGAAAUUUUUCCAGUUGUUAAUACCUGUAUUUGGGGACAUUGUUUGGAGAGAUUAUGUGGAACCAAUGUCUUCUAUUUACUCUUUACUUCAUUCCUAACAUUCUGUGUUGUACAUAUUCCACUUCUUUGUGAAAAUUAUUUUCGUUGGUUUAAAUUUGAGAAGGUUUACUUUUAUUUGUAAAUUAUUGACUUUCAUGUGUAAAAAACACGUAUUCCAGAACCUGUGUACAUACCUAGGAAUAUUUGACACUAGAAGAAAAAAUACGAAAGCUACUAAAUAUUCUUUUUUAGUUUCUGCUUGUCUCAACUAGGGAUCGUUAUGUCCAUUUGUUGUUUCUCAAUAUAUUUUUCUAAGUUCUCAGACUAAAUACAGACGAGAAGUAUAUGUGUUUUAGAAGUUAUUAAUGGUGGAACUUUUAAGGGCUUUGGGUCGCUUACAUGUAAAACCGUACUAAAAUUACAGCUGAAGAUUCAGUGGUUUUGGUUAUUUUACUAAUGGGGAAGGUUGAAACAUGGUGGAGUAUAUUUACUUAUUUUAUUUAUUAUGAGGUUUAUUCAAUAUAAUGUUUUU